UUUAGAGAUAAAUGAUAAUUAAAUCCCGUUAUUAACAUUUAUGUUUUAUAUGAUUAAAAUAUCACUAGUUUGGAUAUUUUUAGAUGAUGAUGAUGUUAUCAUUAACUAAUCAAUGUUUUGUUUGAAUAGAUAGUUAUUAGUACUAGAUACUGUGUAUAGUAUAGUAAUAAUAAUCAAGUGACUGUAAAAAACCGAAUUUUGUGACAUCCUCAGACUCCUUACCUCAAAAAUCUUGAAUUCUUAAACAAAACCUUAUAAUCCUCACUCAUUCGCCGGCUAUCACCUCCCUCACUGCUUACGGCGCUUCCAUGCGUUUUCGACACCCUGCCACCGCCACCAACAGCCACCGCCACCUCUGACAUAUGGGUUGCGCCCUUCGAAAGCCGGCGGGUUCUGUCGACAGUCGCCGGGGUAAAACUUCGACUUCCGUCGGCGGGAAUAAUGCCGUUAAGAUUCAGGAGAAGCAGGAGACUGUGCACGCCGGCGAACUUUCCGGCGUUAUUCUGGCGCCGGAGCGCCGGAGACGUCGACUUGACUCAUUCAUGACGAGUCAUCAAGGGUGGCCGCCGUGGCUGAUGGUCGUCGCCGGCGAUGCACUUGGAGACUGGACUCCUCGCCGUGCCAACACGUUCGAGAAGCUUGCUAAGAUUGGGCAAGGGACUUAUAGCAAUGUGUACAAAGCAAGAGACCUUGUAACUGGGAAAAUAGUGGCUUUGAAGAAAGUUAGAUUUGACAAUUUGGAGGCAGAGAGUGUGAAGUUCAUGGCAAGAGAGAUUCUUGUUUUGAGGAGGCUUGAUCACCCCAAUGUUGUGAAGCUUGAAGGGUUGGUUACUUCAAGAAUAUCAUCCAGUCUUUACUUGGUAUUUGAGUACAUGGAACAUGAUCUUGCUGGUCUUGCAGCUGGUUUGGGUGUCAAAUUCUCUGAGCCACAGAUCAAAUGUUAUAUGAAGCAAUUGCUAUCUGGGCUUGAGCAUUGCCAUAGCAGAGGUGUUUUGCACCGUGAUAUCAAGGGUUCCAAUCUGCUCAUUGACAACCAAGGAAUACUUAAAAUUGCAGAUUUUGGUUUGGCAACUUUCUAUGAUCCUAAGCAAAAACACCCUAUGACCAGUAGAGUUGUGACCCUGUGGUACCGUCCCCCCGAGCUUCUUCUGGGGGCUACAUCCUAUGGCACUGGUGUCGACCUUUGGAGUGCUGGCUGCAUUUUAGCAGAACUUCUUGCUGGAAAGCCAAUCAUGCCUGGCCGAACAGAGGUUGAGCAACUGCACAAGAUAUUUAAGUUAUGUGGCUCUCCAUCUGAGGAAUAUUGGAGGAAAUAUAGAUUGCCAAAUGCUACACUCUUUAAGCCGCAGCAACCUUACAAAAGAAACAUCUUAGAAACAUUCAAGGAUUUCCCUUCUUCUUCAUUGCCUCUGAUUGAAACUCUUCUUGCAAUAGAUCCUAAUGAUCGUGGCACUGCCUCAUCUGCUCUAAAUAGUGAGUUCUUUACCACUGAGCCAUAUACUUGUGAACCAUCUAGUUUGCCAAAGUAUCCUCCUACCAAAGAAUUGGAUAUAAAACUGAGAGAUGAAGAAGCAAGAAGGCAAAAAAGUGGAAAAACUAAUGCAGUUGAUGGUGCCAAAAGGGUUAGAGUACGCGAGCGUAGUUUGGCCAUUCCGGCCCCAGAAGCCAAUGCGGAGAUCCAAACCAACUUAGAUAGGUGGAGAGUUGUGACCCAUGCAAAUGCAAAAAGUAAGAGUGAGAAAUUCCCACCUCCUCAUCAGGAUGGAGCUGUUGGAUAUCCACUUGAUGCAUCAAACAAAGGAGCUGUUUCAUUUGGAGCCACCGAAACAUCCACAGCCUCUACCAUAUUUCAUUCAAAAUCUUCUGGAUCUGUUAAAAGUCACGAUCCUGCCAAAGACAAAGUGGGGAGAAGUAAUACUGCAGACACCCAGAUGACUUCACCUUGGAAAUUUUUGCGUUCAUUCAAGCUAUCAACAAUUGGUCAUUCAUUUGAUUCAUUAUUUAGAAGCAUUUAAUCUGUUUUUUGGAUUUUGACAUCCUAGAAUGAAGAAAGGAAUGAUUUUUUGCCCCUGUAUAUUGUGAUUUUUACUUAUUUUUUGUUUCUCAUGUCCAUCCCUUUGUUAUGUAUUUCAAUUGACAAGUCUUUGUUGUAUGAUGUAUAACGCCUGAUCUUCAUUAGAUUUGUAUAUUCGUGUGUUCUUUCCUACACUACAUUGGAUCUAGAACAAGGAGAGAAAAAAAAGUAUGAAAAAGUAAUAUAUGUUAUAAGAGAAGGAAAUGUAUGAUGGAUGUAAAAUAUUUUAUUCGUUGUA